AUGAAUCGUAAAGAGCAAACUUUAUAUGGUUCGGGAGCACUUGUAGCGAUUACAGUGAUUUUGUCAUUAAAGUUGCUCCUUGACCAUCUUCUUCAUUGGAAGAAACCCAAGGAACAAAAGGCGAUACUCGUUAUCAUCCUCAUGGCGCCUAUUUACGCUAUCAACUCCUAUGUUGGUUUGCUUCAAAUCCGUGGGAGUGAAACUUUUUUUGAGUUGUUGGAUUCAAUCAAAGAAUGCUAUGAGGGUUUGAUAAAUGAAACAACAGAUACGGUAGAGCUAGGACAGUUAUUGUAUGAGGUCUAUCCUGUGCUAGAUGUCAUGGCUAAGUUCUUGGCUUUGCUGUAUACUUACUUGGACAUAUCUAUAAGUAAGAAUAUGGUACCUGAUGAGAUCAAAGGAAGAGUCAUUCACCAUUCCUUCCCAAUGACUCUUUUCCAGCCUCAUACAGUCCAUUUGAACCAUUACAAACUGCAACUCCUCAAGUACUGGACAUGGCAAUUUGUGGUGAUUCGACCUGUGUGCUCUGUUGUGAUGAUAGUUCUUCAACUUCUUGAAAUAUAUCCUGAUUGGCUUAGCUGGACAAUUACUCUAAUACUUAAUGUAUCGGUUUCAUUGGCUUUAUACGCCCUCGUGGUGUUCUACCAUGUAUUUGCUAAAGAAUUAGCACCACAUAAGCCUCUUGCCAAGUUUUUAUGUGUCAAAGGGAUCGUUUUCUUCUGUUUUUGGCAGGUAUGGUGCUCACUUGAUUUGGAUUUUUUUUUUCAAAACUCUACCGAGCUCUGAAAGGUCAUAAUGGAUUAUUUAUUGCAGGGUGUCUUGCUUAGCAUUCUGGUGGCAAUGGAUAUAAUCACGGCGGAUCAUUACUGGUUAGAUGUAGCUCAUAUUCAACAAGCGCUGCAAAACAUGCUGGUGAUCAUAGAGAUGAUAUUUUUUUCAGUUUUUCAAAUGCAUGCAUAUACUGCUGCUCCAUACAAAGAUAAAGUUGUCAAAGAGAAGAAAAAAGACUGAUUGACAAAACAUCCCCCAAAUGU